AUGCCUGUGAAGAUCGGAUUGAUCCUACUGUACCAUCCACACAUUGAAAUCAAGAGUGGACUCACGCUCGGUGCCAUCGUUUGCACACCCUCCAUCGCACGUGUACUCUUGACAAGUUGGUCAUUCCAUGCACGUUGUCUCUUCAAUGACGCCAUUGCUUUUCCACAACAACGACACAUGCAGCAUCAAGCACAGCCAACACCAUGCCAAGAAGGCUGCGCGAUUCGAUACAGCGACAACUCUGACGUCGGCUGGAGCUCCUGCGUGGUGCCGAGCGACCAAGUGCCCGGCGUGGGCUUGAUGGGGCCUCCCGUCGCCCGAUCGAAGGCGGCCGAAGGGGUUGGCUGCGUCAUGAAGUACGCUGUCCAGAACCGCCUCUUGCUGCUCAAGCGGCAAGGCUUGAACCAAGUACAAGGAUCCCGACGCAUCAGUGUGAUGGAGAUGGUCUAACCGCCGACCAGUCGAUUUGCCAAGUACUUGGCCAAAAGAAGACUACUGU